AUGGCCGCAGAUGACCUUUUUCCAAGUCGCAGUUGGAAGUCAGCAAACGUAGGUCUCGUUGUAGUACAAGCUCUGCUCGCGUUCAUCGCAUCCCUUGCGGUCGCUUUACGCAUCUAUGCGCGCAUAUCCCUCCACAAGAAGCUCGCUCUGGAUGAUUUGAGCAUCAUCCUCGGUCUACUCUUCGCAAUAGCGCGAGCAGUGGUGGCCUCACUUUCGUCCCAGAGCGGGUGGGCAAGCAGAAAAGGCCCUGAUCAUGCCUUUCAAGUGCCGUAUUACACUCACUAUUUCGAGCGACGUCUCUUUUACGCUCUGAGUGCUUUCUUCAUAAGGACGGGUGUGCUGCUGUACUAUCUGCGCUUGUUUCCGCGAACGCUUUCUCGACUACGGUUCUAUUCGUGGAUCCUCCUUAUGUUCAGUCUUGCACAAUGUCUGCAGCUGUGCGUCGUGCUUGCCGUGUACUGCGACGACAUCACAGAUUUGUACCGAGGAGAUUUGGAAAAGUACCAUAAUCCCCGAUGUGCGGACGCCCCCCCUUUCACAUAUAGCGGCGCGAUUGGCGAUGCUGCAAUUAAUGCCGCGAUAUACGUUCUCCCUCUGCCCUACGUCUGGGGACUCAAGAAGUUAAAGCUUGAGCAGCGGCUUGCGCUGGUGUUCAUUUUUGGGAUCGGCAUCAUAGCAUGUUUCUUCGCAUUGCUGCAGAUCCCAUUUAUCAUUAUGAACUAUCGCUACAACGAUUCUACAGGAAAGAGAUGGUUCGGUAGUCAAGUCAGCACUUUUAUUGCCGUAGAACUUUGCUUAGGCCUUACUGCUGCGUCGUUGCCUGAUGCAAGAGGCUUGAUAGCGAGGAUCAGACCGGGCUUUAUGGCCAAGUUUCGUCAUGUUGACGAGUCGUGCUCCGGCCCGGAUACACAUUCACGAAACAGACGCAGGCGACGAGGUGGAGAUGCUGCAUAUUCGUUGAAUGCGAUUCCCAUUUCUGGUGGUGCUCGCGCAUGGGAAUGCAGCGUUGAGCAGAAGACGAAGAAGCCGGAUUGGAUAUGUUCGACGAUUCCUUGGCCAACUUCUGAAGAACCCGGAGCAGCUGGAAACAGCGAACGAUCAACGGUAAGCGAACGAAUUGAAGAACGUGGUUCUGUUUAA